UUCGGAACUCUAAAUGAAUGGUAGUCGCUUUCCUCUCAUUCGAAAAUGGUAGCCGUUAGCGCGUCCCUCUUUCAAAUUCAAAGCCCAAGCACUCUCCUCAUCCAUUCUUUUAUCUCACAACUCCCUCAGAAAACACACACAACCCUCACCAAUGCAGACGGCUAGGACUUCCCUCGCUGGAGACCAGAAUCUCCGGCUAAAAUCCGGCCGGAGGCCUCUCCAGCCGAAGAACUCUCCGGCGAACCCCGUCCCUGACUCCGCGCCCAUCAACAAGCCGAAGCCGAAGCCGGUACCGAUCGAGAUCUCGGUGACCGUCGACGAACGCUCGAACAAGGAGAACCGUCCGAUUUACACGACUCCAGCCGCGAAGAUCGACCCGCUGGAUGCAUCGCUCGCGGAGGAGCUGAGCGCCAUCAGGAAGAAGCUCGAGAGGCUGAGAUCGGACCGAGAGAGAACGGAGAAGAUGCUCAGUGAGAGGGACAAGGUUUUGGAGCUGAAGAUGAAGGAGAUGGAAGAGCGAGGAGAGAUCCAGAUGAAACUCGAGAUCGAGGUCGAUAGGUUGUACAGAUUGAAUCAACUCCAAUCUCACAGUAUGCGAUUUUCUCCGAUCCGAUCACUCAGAGAGAGAGAACAAGUAAAGAAGAUCAACGAAUGGCAAUCACCGGAACUGAAAUUCGUUAGUGAAAGCGUAACGCAGAGUCCAGGUUCAGCUUCUUCAGGAAUUGUAGAAGAGAAAUGAUAAAUUCCCUCUUCUACAUUUGUGUUUGAAUUUUCGGUUCUGUUUUAGGUUGCUCUCUUUCACUUGGUUCAUGAUUUCCUUCAUUGUAGAAUUUGGAAAAUUUUUGAGAAAGAAAAUAAUAUAAUACCUCGUUAUGUUA